GUAAUUGUCAUUGCGGUUGGAGGAUCGGUUGGAGGAUCGGUUGGUGCCACUGUUGUUUGUACUUCACAGGAGCACUUGACCUUUCGGCUGCAGUUUGGAACUUCUGGACACAGGCAUGUUGUACCUUCUUCACAUACACCGUUCGCUUUGAAGACACCAUUCUUUUUCACUUCUCCACAUUUCUCACCCUCGCUCUUCUCUUUGCUGCUGCUGCUUCUGCUUCCGCUUCCGCUUUCGCUGGACUAUUGGAAGAAAUACAAUAUGUAUAUAGUUUUCAUUAACGGAAUGAUUAUGUUUGGACACUAAGAAUGUACAUAAAUCAUCCCUAGUGAAUUA